CGUUCUCAAGUGCCACCCGAAGAUGACGGAGCCCGGACGAGGGUCCAGCAGUCCCGCGAGCGCGCGUGCCAGAGCCAGCUGCUUCGCUUCGUCGAAGAUCUGGAAGAAGCUCGUGGCGUGACGCAUGCUGACCGCCCUCCUGCAGUCGGUAGCGCCAUCCGCAAGCCUGUUCUGGACGGCUUCCCUGCUAAAAACUGCAUAGCAUCCGAUCCUCGCAGAGAAUUCUGGGAUAUGGGAUACCAGCUCUACAAGGAUUCGCCGGAGUCGUUCCCAGUUCCAUUCAUCCACGGCGACGUGCUGGACAGGUCCUUCCUCAAGCCCUCACCACCAAUCUACACUCCACCGGAGGGCCCCGCGCCAGACCCGUCGCAACUCACCACCCUUACACCGCUUGCCGGCAGGCUCUCCGCGAUUCACGCGUCGUACUUCUUCCACCUCUUCAGCGAGGAGAAGCAGUUGCAAAUCGCGCAGUGGCUCGCGGGCCUGCUAUUUCCGGUACCGGGGUCGAUGAUCUUCGGCCAGCACGUCGGGUACCCGACGAAGGGCACGAUCGUCAUUCACCCGACCGGUGAGCCUGUGGCGAUGUUCUGCCACUCGCCGGAGUCUUGGGAGGGAUUGUGGAACGGGGUGGUUUUCAAGCAGGGCAGUGUGAAGGUUCAGGCCGAGCUGAGCACACUUCCUGUUCCCAAGGGUGCUUUGGACCAUACCUGCUGGCAGCUUGUCUGGUCUAUUACGAGGGUGUAGUGUACGCUGCGGCCGUUCGCUGGUCGCGGACAAUCAUAUUACUUCGGAGAUUUGU